AUGAUCGGCGCAAUAAACGGUCCCGCUGUGUCGAGUGCUUUCAGCGUCAUCUCAAGACUCAUCGAGAGGCAGUGCUCCGGCGAUCCCGUGUGCCAAAGCUGCGCGAAGAAAGGCCUAGUCUGUCUCUACGAGAGGGCCAAGUCAAAACGCGCUCUGAUCACAAUCGAUAAUGGGCGACAGCUUACGACUGCUGUCUACGAGAAACAUGCCAACCGACAGCGGGCAUCCCAGCGCGUCUCAAUCAUAGACACGCCCAAGGCAGAUCCGAACUCUCUCUAUAUCUACUUUUUUGACAUAUUCCUGCAAAAGAACAAGUUCUCGGGGCACAGCGGCGUCUCCGCAGAUGUCCAAGCGUUGGUCAGAUCAUCGCCUUCGGCGUCUGGGGGCUACCUCAUGGACGCUAUGCUUUGCCUGGGCGCCAUGGAGGCUAUCAAGCUGCAGAAGGCAGAUUUAGUGUUGAGGCGUCAGUACAUGCAAAUGGGUAUGGGUUCGUAUUCGAGGUCGAUCAGUGGCCUUCGAAGUGCUCUCAGCAACGAAGCUGGGAAGCACCAGAAGGACACUGUGCUCUGGGCCACUCUGUUCCUCGGACUGUUUGAGGUAGAGCACUUCUUCAACUUACUCCCGUGGGCGAAUACAGAUGCUGACGAAGAUGAAAAGCUCAUGAUGGACCCUACAGGCCAAGGCUGGCUUCAACACAUCAUCCAUGGCACGUCGCACGCGCUUCUAGCCAGUGGGCCUCAGGCGUUCGAGUCUGGAAUCGGCGAGCGAUUCUUCUCGGAGAUGAAGAUAUUCGAGGUUUCCAGAUCGAUAAUCUUCAACGAGCCUACGUUCUUGGUAACCCCCGACUGGAUCAAUCUCUCUGCAAGGUUGCGUGCCAAGCGAGAAGACCACGUUUGGAGAGCGCUGGACGAGUUACUCGACACCAUAGUCUUCUGCUCGACGCUUCGGGUCCGCGCGAGUGAAUUCAUCAGAUCCCCCGAGGAAACUCGAUCGUUCGAUGACGCUUUGGCAAUCUCCGAAGAAGGCAUCCGCCUUCGCGUUGUGUUGAGCACAUGGCAUGCGACGUGGACACCCUCCCUACACGCCAAGGCCGACACUUUGCACGGGUUCCACCUUCUUGCGCAGGCAUUCCACGCAGCUUGUAGCAUAUAUCUUUCUGGUGUGUUCGACUACGAGAUCACGCACUGGCAAGCUCUCGAUUUGCCGGUCCCCGAACUGCAGGAAGCAGUCAUCCAAGGAUACGUCAGUACCAUACUCGACUCCGCCGCUCAGAUCUUGGCCAGCACCGACAUCUCCCCCGUCCUACUCAUGUUUCCCCUUCGUGUCGCAGGGUCAAGAUGCAGGACAGACACGAGCCAACAGUGUGUUUUGACACUCCUCUCGAGGAUCGAGUCUACAUUUGCAGUCGCGGCAGCAUUUCGAAGCGAUCUGAGUGCGGUCUGGGCGUUUCGGCGUGCUUCAUCAGAGUCUUUCAAUUAG